AUGGUCUGGAGUUAUGCCUCUAAGGAAAGAACUCCGAUAUUUGUCAAAGCAACCACAGUCUUUGGCUGGUUUCUUGGAUUUAUGAUUAUCUUAAUUAUACCACUAGAUAUUUUCAAGGUAAAAGUUGACGGUAACAAGGACAGUUUUAUGGUUAGCUGGUGGUACUUCAAUUAUUGGACAAUCUUCGCUAUGAAUUGGUUCAUCAUCCCAUUUAUGAUUGAAUAUUUCAGCUCUGGAGACUUUACUUAUAAAGAAAAGUUUAAGAGAGCGAUAAGAAAUUUUAUUCCACAGUUCAUCCUAUACAUUUCAGUUUUCAUACUUGGAAUAGUAAUACUUGCUUGUUAUGAAAAUGGAAGAGCAGCCUUGAAAGAGGAAGGGGUUCUUGGUUGUAUUAUUGGGCUAUCAUUGAUCUUCGGGUUUUUGGAGCUAGUAAUUUUGUUGGGUUAUGGAUUAGUCCAAAUCCCUUUAUCCUACUUUAGAUUAUCUUCAAAUAACAGAAGAUUAAAAAUGUAUCAAUACAAAGUCACCUAAUUCCAUGAGUCACUAAUCAGCAAAUCAAUGAAAUGUCAGAAAUUAAUAUCUGUUGCAAAUUAGAUAUAAGUUUAAAAUUCUCAUCAAAAGUACAAACUUCAUAUCAUGGAAACAGUAAUAUCUUUUGGUUCAUAUUUUAAAUAGAUCAAUCAAUUUGUUAAGGUAAUUGCAGAAGAAGAUUUGAAAAUUAGCGCAAAACCACAAAAAUAGGUUAAACUUGAAGAAAAAUAUCAAGGAACACUGUCAUAUGAUUAGCUAAUCAAACUAAGAUAAAAGAUAAAGUUUUAGACGAUUGAUAUUCUAAGACUAAUUACCUUUAAAAAAGAAGCUAUUAAAAAAGCAAUAUUCCAGCAAGACAUUGUUGAUGCUGUAUCAAGAGGUGAUUCUGUAAUCAAAUCAUACUUUGUAAAAGACAGAGAUCCAAUUAGGUGCUGCGAUAGCAUAUUAAUUCAACUUAGUAUAUAUUUCACUUUAAAACUUUUAGCUUAUUCUUGGUAUGUUUCUUGGAAGCCAAUUUUAAUGCUCAUUCUUGGAGUCAUAUUCACUGCUUUAAGUCUCAUAAUCUGGCUUGCAGAGCUAUUAUACUGCUUUGGUGUAGAUAACGAUAUCAUUAAUGAUAUGAUAGCUACUCCUGACCUUAACAAUGCUUCAAACUACAUCAUAGACAAUUUGGUGUGCUUAAUUCCUUUAGUCUAUUUGAUAGCAGCUACUAACUUCGGUCUAUUCAAACUUAGAACUUCUAAAAUUUAUGCUCUUCAUCCCAAUCACAACACAGAUCCAUCAUGCUUGCUUUUCUCAUGUUUAUUCAUAAUGAGAUUAUCUGUGCCCAUCGUUUAUAAUUUCCUACUCUUAACUGAAGUUAAGGCUACAGCAGCAUUUGAAGUCUUAUCACCAGUUAGCUAUGUUAACUUUAUGGGUGAAUCUUUCAAUAAAUAUGCUUUCCCCUGCUUGUUAACCAUCAUGAUUCUUCUAAGCAUUUUUAAUCUCUAUAGUAAACUCAUGAUAUGCAUUGGACUCAAAUAAUAUGCCUUUGAUAAUGACUAUUAGGAAGAAAAAAUUGAAGAGGGUAGAAAGAUUGUUGAAUAAUAUAGAAAUGAGAAACUUCUACUUCUAGGAAGUUCAAAAUCUAAUCGAUCUUCCUCUAGAAAGAAGAUUCUUCCAGAUUUAGAAUAACCAGUAAUGAGUAGUGUUAAGAGAUCAAAAAUUAACUAAGAAACUCUAGAUGGAUCAGAUUUACUUUUCAGCUCUGGUAAUGAAGAUAAUUAAGAAAGUCCAGAAAACAAUGAUAAUAAGGGCUCCUUCGCCUAUGAUAAUUCAAGAAUGAGUGCUAGAAUGUCUCUCAAUACUUUUAGAAUGGAUGAUGACGACGAAGAAAAGGCAAGAAAAGGUUUGAGAGGAUUUUUUAGACAAGUUUUUCAGAAAAAAUGA